AGAUUUCCAGUAAUGAUUAGUGUCACUUUUACCUCCCCAUGCCGUCACAGUGUGUGUCAACACGCUUUCUUCUGACACUUUAACGGCAUCAAGACCAAACCAAGGAGUAUAAUUAGCGAAACACAAGAGGUUUGCAAUGGUGCAAUGUCUGGUGUUCACACUGCUCUGGGUCUGUGCUGUGGCACUGCUUUCCCUUGGGAGUACAGAGAGAGUAUCUCAAACGACUGAGCCAAGGUUCUCUAGGAGCACAGACCCGACAGCUGAGACAGUUACUUUAGGACCAGUUGAGACCCAAAGCCCUGAUACACACACACAUCAGAGCAUAGAAGAAGAACAAGAACCACUUCCCUCAGAACCCUGUCAGGAUGACGAGUUGGAUAAGAUGGUGUACCAGAGGGAUUCUCAUGGUGUUAUGCAGCUGGUUCAGGGAGAGGACUACAAAAACACUUGCAACCUAUCAGACACUCCAGGUGAACAGGCCCACUGUCUUAUCUACCCUACCAAUCAACUCAACUGCUCCUGGAAUUUCCAUGGUCUCCCUAACGACAGCCAAUUCUACGCCUCCGUCUUUGUGUGUAAGAAAACUGAGAGAAUCUCCAGUGUGGACUGUGUCACUGAGGCCAUAGGAGGCCAAGGAGCCCAGGGAGGGACUGGAAAGGCUGACCGUGUGGUUGGAAAUGUGUCUGCUGGGUGCCAAGGCAGUGUGGACAACAGCGCCACCUCGGUGAUCCUGACUUUCAACGUGUCAUGCUCUGACGUGUGGGGCAUCUACACCCAUAAAUACCAGACCAAAGAUAUUGAUGUGCUGCGCCCGCCCCCCAACAUCAACCUAGUCUGGGUCAGAGAGGGGGUUCUGCUGGUGCAGUGGGGUCUCCCAUCCAGCCGGUCACGCAACAGUGCCAGCUGCUUCCACUACCAGCUACAGAUCAAUGGCGAGGAGAGGGACUUUAAGGGUGGACAGACAUACAAUGAGACCAACUUAGACCCCACACAUUCACACGAUGUGAAGAUGAGGGUGAGGAAGAGUAAAACCUGCAGAGGAUCUCAACACUGGAGCAGCUGGAGCAACACCACCAAGGUGGCCCCGUUUGAAUUUCCCAAUCAGCUGAACUCUCUGGUGGUCGUUGGCAUCGCUCUGGGAAUACCCAUGAUCCUCCUGUCUCUGCUGCUGCUGAUUCGACUCCAGAGGGAACGUCUGUUUCCCCACAUCCCUGGUCCCCCACUGAAGAUUAAACACCUCUUGGAGAGAGACGACCAGUUUCAGUUUGUCCCUCAGGCCCUGCAGCCCAAAUUUGUUGAGGAGAUCACAGUGGUGGAGGAAGCUAAGGAAACACCUGUGAAUUUGGCCAGUUAAACAAGAUGGCCUGUUUAAAGCCCAAUCAUCCUAAUCCCCUAGACUGUGUAAGGGCCGAUCUGUAAGGAGGAUCCCCUUAGCAGAUGCAGUCAUUACCAUUUGUUAAUAUCUAUCCAAUCCUUUCAAGAGUGGAUGCUACUUAUUUACAUGCAUUGUUCUUACAUGCUUAUUAGUGUCUACUCAAUUAAUUGUUGUAAUGUGCUCAGCUUCUACCAGUGUUGUAGUUCUCAAGACCGAGACCAGUCCAGUCUUGAGACCACAUAUUGGUCUUGUCUUGGUGUCAGCUACAUUCGUACUUGGUCGUGACUCGGUCUCAGACAGUGAGGACUCGUAAUUUCUUCCCUAGACCAGCGAACCUAUAGGCCUUCAGUGUGUGACAGGUUAGUACAGUGGUGAACCUAUAGGCCUUCAGUAUGUAACAGGUUAGUACAGCGGUGAACCUAUAGGCCUUCAGUGUGUGACAGGUUAGUACAGUGGUGAACCUAUAAGUCUUCAGUGUGUGACAGGUUAGUACAGUUGUGAACCUAUAGGUCUUCAGUGUGUGACAGGUUAGUACAGUGGUGAACCUAUAGGUCUUCAGUGUGUGACAGGUUAGUACAGUGGUGAACCUAUAGGCCUUCAGUGUGUGACAGGUUAGUACAGUGGUGAACCUAUAGGUCUUCAGUAUGUAACAGGUUAGUACAGUGGUGAACCUAUAGGUCUUCAGUGUGACAGGUUAGUACAGUGGUGAACCUAUAGGUCUUCAGUGUGUGACAGGUUAGUACAGUGGUGAACCUAUAGGCCUUCAGUGUGUGACAGGUUAGUACAGUGGUGAACCUAUAGGCCUUCAGUGUGUGACAGGUUAGUACAGUGGUGAACCUAUAGGUCUUCAGUGUGUGACAGGUUAGUACAGUGGUGAACCUAUAGGUCUUCAGUAUGUAACAGGUUGGUACAGUGGUGAACCUAUAGGCCUUCAGUGUGUGACAGGUUGGUGAUUUGGAAAGGACACCACUGUACUAACCUGUCACACACUGAAGUCCUAUAGGUGGUGUAGUGGAGUAUACGCAGGUAUUUUUUCAGUGGGCAUUGCCUAUACUCACUUAAUCCUAUUGAUGCGUAUCAAAGUAGUGUAGUGGAGGCAGUGGCGACCCGUCAUUAAGGGCAGUUCUUCAGUCCCACCUGUUUAGCAGGGGGUGUGCCUGUUUUGCAUGUUAUUUUGUCAUUAAUAUGUGUCACAUAUCAGUUUGAAAAAAAUGAAUGAGUUAAUAAAGCUUCAUACAAACAUGG